GUUUUAGUACUGCUUGAUCACCUUUUGUCCUGAAUUCUUGGUUCUAGUUUCGCAGAAGCAGCAAGCAUAUUUUCACCAGCUGCUGUGUUUUUCUUUUUUACAAGACUUGUGACAUUUUCCAGGCGCGCGCUCAUAAUCACACAAUCAUGCCCAACUAUAGUAACAGCAAAGCAACCAUGUACUCGUCGCUGAAGCUCGAGGACUACGAUAUCAGCCCGACCAACGGGUUCCUGCCGACACAUGCGCCGCUGACGCGACUGGCGGACGCGUACUACGAGCCGUGGGAGAAGAUCAUGGACAAGUUCAACCAGCACAUACUGGCAAACCGCAUCCGGCCGCUGGUCCGCAAGAUGCCGGUGCUGGAUAUUGAUAAGCUGUCGACGACGGCCGAGUACCAGCGGGCAUUCACAAUCCUGGGGUUCAUGGCGCACGCAUAUGUGUGGGGCCGGAACGGAGCGGCAUCCGAGGGCGCCUCAGAGUUUCUGCCAGCAUCAAUCUCGAUUCCGUGGGUGGCGGUGGCGGAUAUUCUAGGGAUGAACCCAGUUAUUUGCUGCGCGGCGGUGUGCCACUGGAACUGGCAGCCGCUGGACGAAGACGCCGAGGACAUGAUGGACAUCGGCAAUCUGGGAACCACUUCGUGGUUCUACCUUGUGACCACAGCGAUUGAGGCCAAGGGCGCGCGCGGCAUCAACGCAAUCCUAGACGGCAUUGCGGGGGUGGAGACGGACGAUGUGGCGCGGUCACUGCAUGAAGCGCACGAGCUGCUGGCGCGCAUGUACGAAAGGUGCGACCCAUAUGUGUUUUACUGGAAGAUCCGCGAGUUCUUGGCGGGCUGGGAGAACAUGGCGGAGGCGGGGCUUCCCUAUGGCGUGCUGUAUGAGGGAGUCGACGACACCGACACGUUCUCGCUGGACAACUGGCAGUCGUUGCUGCGGCGGUUCCGCAAGUACGCAGGCGGGUCGGCCGCGCAGACGCCGCUCCUGCAGGCAUUCGACAUAGCACUGGGCAUUAAGCACUACCCAACCGGCGAAAAGGGCAUGCAGGGGUCGGUGCGUGCGGCACGCGAGCGCCUGGCCAAAUCGGGCAUUGAGCAGCCGCCGCCAGCCAACUCGUACUUGGUGCGUAUGCGCGAUUACAUGCCGGGCGGGCACCGGCGGUUCCUCGAAGACCUGGCAGCCACCUGCAUGAUCCGCGAAUACGUCUUGCUCACAUGCUCCGAUGCCCUUCUGGCCGAGCAACCCAACGACCAGCGCGCAGUCCUCCGGCUCGCCUACAACCGCUGCGUGGACCUGAUGCGCGCAUUCCGCGACACCCACAUCAUGAUUGUGACCCGGUACAUUAUUGCCCAGGCCAAGCGCGGUCCAGCCAUGCCUACGACUAACCAUCCGGUGCCCGGACCGGCGAAGAAGGCGGUGGCACAGGGUCUGGCACGCACUGUCGACGAUGAUGGAGUGGUGCGCGGGACCGGCGGGACCGAUGCUAUCCAGUUCUUGAAGCAGGUGCGCAACGAGACUGCCAGCUCCAGGAUCCAGUAG